AUGGCGACUGUCAUAACAAAAGUCUUGGAAGAACCAAAAAAAACUGUUAAGCGCGAUACCUUACGAGCCAUAGAACAAAAGGUUCAACAACUAUGGGAAAUUGAACAUGUGUUUGAGGUUAAUGCUCCUACUCUCGAGGAAGAACCUGAUGACUCUAUAUUACAUGUAAAGUAUCCAAAACAUAUGGGAACUUUCCCAUAUCCUUACAUGAAUGGGAAAUUACAUUUGGGACAUCUUUUUACAAUUACAAAAGUCGAAUUUGCUACUGGUUAUGAACGAAUGAAAGGAAAGAGAGCCUUAUUUCCUUUAGGUUUUCAUUGUACUGGUAUGCCAAUUAAGGCUUGUGCAGAUAAAUUAUCGCGUGAAAUCGAACAAUUUGGACCAGAUUUUAAAAUACCAGAUCAAAUUGAUCUAGGAAAAGGUGUUAAAGACUUAGAAUUGAGUGAUGAUACUGCUAUUAAAUCUCAGGAUCUUUCUGAUACUACUAAAGUGGUUAGCAAAAAGGGUAAAAUUGCUGCAAAAUCGACGGAUCUGAAAUAUCAAUUUCAAAUAAUGCGAGAAAUGGGUAUUGCUAAUAAUGAAAUUGCGAAAUUCGCUGAUUCAACCGUUGGCACUAAAAUUGACUGGCGUAGAUCUUUUAUCACUACUGAUGCAAAUCCUUAUUAUGAUUCUUUUGUUCAAUGGCAAAUGAGAAAAUUAAAAGAACUUAAUAAGGUGAAAUUUGGUGAACGAUAUACUAUAUACUCACCAUUUGAUGGUCAACCUUGCAUGGAUCACGAUCGACAAAGUGGUGAAGGUGUUGGUCCUCAAGAAUAUACUGGAAUCAAACUUCAAGUUAUAGAAUGGAGUAAUGAGGCACAAAAUAUUUUAGGUUCUGUAAAAGAGUUAGAAAAUAAAAAUAUAUAUUUAGUUGCUGCUACAUUAAGACCUGAAACAAU